GGUUCUCCUCCACUGAUAGAAUCAGUGGGAGAAGAAGUAGCUAGAGGAUGUGUGUGGGAGAACGUUUAAGGUAUAAAGUGAACGUAAAAUGGUUGAGUUGUGUCAGGAGCCCAUCAAAUUUGAUGGGCUCCUGGUUGUGUGGUAAAGAAUGGAAACUUGGGGGUUACCAAACGGCAUUGCAGUUGAUUAAGUCCUCAGUCACAGCGUAAUGAAUGAAAUGAAUUAAGGGGUUAGCAGAUGCAACAUUAGAGAGGGCAGGGCACGCAACGACAAAUUUUGAGAAAAGGACCUACAAACAACAACAAAGCAUGAAUAAAAUUUUCUGAAGCCAUUUUAAGCAUUCUGGGAGGUUGCUGGGAAAAAUGUAUCUGUUCCUCACUCCCAGCAAGACUGAUGGAAGAGUUCCAAGCCAGCAAGGUGCACCUACAACCCGCAACCUGACUUACUGGGAAGUCACCAGCAAACGUAUGUCCAGACAUUACUAGCCAGUUUGGGUGUGGUCAUGGGGCAAAAUUAAGCCCCUCAUUGGUGGGCGAGGGCGGGGUGUUGGAUAGGAAAUUGGGUGUGAGAGGGACCCACAAACUGUUGUGCAGCUAGCUAUGUCCACUAUGUGCAAUAUUGUGUAAACAAAAAUCAUAUUCAGAGUAGCAAGUGUUUAUAGAGGUACUUAGUGCAAAGGUUGCUAGAGAAACUAAUGAUUUCAUAACUUUAUAAUUUUGCCAAAAGAAGUGAUAGGCGUAUUCUGGAGACACCCUUGUAUUUAAAGGACUGUUAUCCAUUUUGUUUAUAGUUUGCCAUUCACCGAUACUCACUUUGAAACUUAACGAGGAAAAUACUUUCAGAGGACAACAUAAAUUCUCACUGUAUUUUUAUCAGGUAUAAUUUAACUAAAGUUCCACUUAAGGCCAAAAAAAAAAAACAAGCAAUAUCAUAAUCAACAACAACAAAAGCAACUACAGUAACAGUAACAAACAUCACCGUGGCUGGACGGAAAAGUUUUCAAAAAUCCCAUUUGUUAUAUGAACUAUAAUCCGAAUUAAUCUUCUUCAUCUUUGUCCUUCCGUCCCCUCCUUUACAUGUAUAUUUGCUCUGUUACUUAAAUAUUCCCUCACUGUGUUGAGAAGUUCUUUUUAUAGAUAUUUCAAUUAUUUUUGGCCAAAAAUUAGUAUUCGCCUUUCAUCAAUAUAAUGUGGCACGGGUUCCAUUUCCGGCAACGACGUGGGAGGCCAAACGCGGGUUGAGUUUCUUGUUGGUUUUCUAGCUUCAUUGCUACAAGACACUUUUUUCGCGCGUACUCUGGUUUGCCCUUUUCCUCAACUGACCCAAUACAGUACGAACCUCCAUGUGCGUCUACGACGACUUCCUCUCCCCUCGUAAGCGGCCCUAUACCACCUAUCACCACCUUUACAAAGUUUUUCAAUGGGAACCUCCUGUCAACGACCAUCUUCCUAGCGACCGCGACCACGUUUCGGGGCUGAUGGUUUCAUAAUUUUCUCCUUGUUUUUUCACCUCUUGUAAACGACCAUUUGACGCAUGAUCUGAUCUCUGCGUUCGCUGUAAGUACAGUGCUAAUUAGAGUAUAAAAAGAACCUCUAGCGACAACAUACAACUACACAUAUUGCAACUCAGAAAUUGCAGUGAACUAUAAUCUUCCAUAAAGUAAAUAUAAAUGUCCUAACCUCUUUUCAGAAGAGAACUCCUGUGGUUGGAUUCUUGUAAGUGAUCAUCUCCAGUGGUGUAGUCUUCGCUCGGGGGGUACUUCCUUAUAAGAGGCUAACGGGGAUGUGCUGCUGGAUGGGGUCGCAUUUUCAGGACUUGAUUGACUAUAAUGGGGUCGCAUUUUCAAUAGAGUUACUAGAAUGGAGUCGAAUUUUUUGGGGUAAAACAGUUCUUCAGGAGCAAACGUACCAGAAUGUUUGUACUGCAGAUGAAAAGUAAAGUGUUCUUCAUUCAAUCUAAAAAAUGGGUCAAUUCAUAAAAAUAGAAAGUGACUAAGAUGGGGUCUAUAAUUGGGCGCAGAAUAGACUAUAAUUUGGUUGGGGCUCUGAGAGGCCAGCGGCACAUACCCAGCAAAAAUCAACCCAAGUCCCCCCUCACCCCAACCCCCUCCGCUGGGGUCUUCGCAGUUUGGGUGGUCAAAUUGCGGGAGGUUCGACUGUAUUUCCUGAUCCGAAAAUAACAAUGAUGUUAACAAAAACAACAAUAAUAAUGAUACUGAUAAUAAUAAUAAUAAUAAUAAUAAUAAUAAUAAUAAUAAUAAUAAUAAUAAUAACAAUUACUAGCGAAAAGCACUAUAACUACGAGUAAAUAAUAAUAAAAACGUCUGAAAAAACAGACACCAGAUAGGUAUUGAGCCCUCAAGCUGUAACUAUACGUCUUCCUUGAAUCGAACCAAACAACAUUACUGCUUUGAGUGAAUUCCCAGUGGGAUAUCACCAAAUUGUGUGCGUGUUUCAGUUACCCUCACUCCGAUAAAUUUUAGACCUUAUUGCGAGACACACUGAAUGAAAAGCUGUAGAGUCGAUUCCGGCUGAGAAGACAAUUGGUUCUCAUUAAGAUAUAUUCCGAGAAGUUAAGUUAACUUUCACACGACGUUUUUUUCAAGUCACGAAUUUUAAUUAAUCACCCGAGACUGCCCGAGAUCUGUCUCGUUUCGCGAAAUUUAGUGCCCGCCAACAAUUUGGUACAUUCCUAAAAAUCGAGAACUUUUAAAAAGCAAAAAAAAGAUAAUAAUAAUAAUAAUAAUGAUGAUGAUGAUUUUUCUUUGCUUUUUGUAAAUACUUUAUUUGAAAUAUGUUGCCUGACAAAAAAUGAACGAACAGGGUAACAACUAACAUCAACUAGAAUACAGUUUUUCACUGAAAUACAAUAAAUGUCUACCCAAAUAAUAUAAUAAAAUAUCAUAAAAUAAAAGACUCUAGAACAAGAAUAACUAGCACUAAAGCUAACCCAUAUAGAUUUGUCUACUAACACCACGAGGCGUGAUUAUCAUUUACAUUAACAGAGUAUUUGCUACUUUGAGAAUUGAAAUAUAAAUAGUGCGACAAAGCAAAAGAGCUAACAAACAAACAAGCAAACAAACAAACAGAAUUUUUUAUGAUUUACUAACUAUGAUGACGAUAAGGCAAAUCGCUCUAUCUCAGGCUGAUUAGAAAUUUAAAAGUUUUUUCGAGGCAUGCACCACCGUGACUAGAAAUUAAAACACCCACUUCCUCGAUGAUUACUUUAUUGGAAAACGGUCUUAUUUGUCAUUUUCCUGGAUCAGUGGAGUAUAAAUUUCCGUUGUGUAUUAUAUCGAAAUUCGCACAUGUAUUUUUUGUGCUGGGAUUUUUGUACGUAUUAUAUAAUAUACAUCUUUCUUUACAUACUUAACAGUUAAACAAAACAGUACUGUUUUGGAACUAACCAAAAAAAUAAAGUCUGAAAAGAUUUUUUUUAUUUUCAGUGACCUGGUUACGUCCAAAUGAGUCUGGCUGCAUGGGUGAUCCUGACCUCCUAUAAUUAUCCUUACUUAUUAGGAUAAUGUUUUCCGUUUCUGUCCCCUCGUGAGAUAAGGUUUUUCAUGAGGUCACGUCCCUAACUCUAAACUGUUUCUUAAUUCUACGACAAAUUAUUCAACAUCAAAGGAGAAACCUAGACUGCAAAACAGUCCGUAUUUUUGCGUAUUCAAGUACGCGCGAGCAGUCAAACAAGCGGGGGGGCGUGGGGCUUGCCGCGUAAGACUAUUACGCCACGCUUUACCGAUUUCUUUACUGAUUUUGAGAAAAAAACCAACUGUUUUGCAGUCUAGGAGAAACCCAGAGCAAGUGAUAUAAUCAAGCCAGGCGGUGGGGUGGUUUAAGAUUUAAGGUUUAAGGUUUCUCUUUUUUUCCGCGGAGGUUUUACACGUAUGAAAAUGCAAAGGAUUUUAGUGACGCAUCGCCUGUUUAGACCUUUUAUUACGCUAAAGCACUAACUUUUCAGGGACUUUAUUUCUCGUAUGUAAGGGAGCGAUGGAAUCACCUUUAUUAGGAGGUGUUGGUAACCAAAGAAGACCCCAAUGCAAUGAUCCCGAUUCGCGAAGGGUAACUUUGAAAGAAGUAGUGGGUCGGCCUGUAUGGCAGGCAGGGGCACCCAAUGGAUUUGUUUCCUCAAAAUAUCUGUUCUUCAGGCAAAUUUUUGCUGGCUGGAAGAUGUCCUUAGAAGGAAAGUGUUGCUGGGCAAAAGACAAUUCAGGGUGUGUGAGGCAAUUGAUGUCUAGAAUAGCUGGUAUGUGUUCUUUGUGAAAAACCUCCUUUCCUCCUCCCCCUCCACCAAAGGGGUGAAUUUCUCCCCUAGGCCACGCCCAUUUUCCUUCCAAACCCCCUACUGAAAGUCUGAAUUUUGCCCUAUGACCACACCCAAACUGGCCAGUAAUGUCUGGACAUACGUGUGCUGAUAAACUUCCCAGUAAGUCAAAUUGUAGGUUGUAGAUGCACCUUGCUGGCUGGAAACUCUUCCAUCAGUCUUGCUGGGAGUGAGGAGCAGAUAGCUUUUUCCCAACAAUCUCUUAAAGUGCUUAAAAUCGCUUCAGAAAGCUUUAUUCUUGCUUUGUUGUUGUUUUUAGGCCUUCUUCUCAAAAUUUCCCUUUGGGUGUUCUUAUGCAGGGGCUCACAUCGUAGGUAUCUGUUUGUCUCAUACACAAGUGUCCGUUUGGAAGGUGGACUGUUUUCUGUAUGAUGAUCCUGUGGAUUCGUCAAGCCGAGAAAGAGCAAGGCCACCUUUUCCUGCAUGAAUUGAUGAACAUAAACAUUCCGCUUUUGGGAAAUAUCUCUGUGAUGCCCACAAUUUCCAUUUACCCCUAUCAUGGAAUGUACACUUCAGUUUUCCAUCCUGAAAAGUUGCUAGGGAAAAUGAAACCUAGUUCUCAGGGAAAGAGCACUGGGACUAUUUUACGAAAUCAGUAAUACUCGCCUCGGCAGUAAAGGGUCUCGGAUACAAGGGCCCAGUCGCCCGUUCUUAGACCAGACUGCUAUACCAUGCUGAUGAGCCCCCCAAUAAGGGCGAAACACUGGCUGUCCAUGGCUACCACUGUCUGGGUGAUAUGGCCUUGCGCAUGCGUGAGGUACUGGCCAGGCGAUGGGUUGGUGUAUUUGUGCCCCUUACUUUAAGUUUUGAAUUUACUGGCGAUCAGAUCAGGGUGGACCCGCCUUCUCCGCUCAGCCAACAGCUUCCAUAUGCGUUGUUUGGAACUGGCGAUUAA